AUGCCUGCCUCUGCUCAGUCCUGCAUCGUUACCAAGUGGUCGUACGAUCCGAGAAGGAAGCUACUAACUUGCGUGUGCCUCGUGAAUGGCUUGACCAAUUUAAAUGGCACUUUGGUACGAACCGGUCCGAAUAUGCUGGCAAUCCCUGCAAUUCCUCCAAGUGGAUUUGCAUCGAACUACUUACUACUGGUUAGAACCAAAUCAGAUGCACUUCGACACGUGUGGAAUAUGUUCUCAACGCAACAACCUAAAGAUGCCGUGGUGAUUCACGUAGCAUGCAAACCACCUGGACUGAAAAGAGCUGAACACAAUUGCACGGCACUAUACCAGUACGCGGACGAAGUUUCGUGGGACUACCCAGAAUACGGGAGCGAUCCAGUGAGAAAUCUCAAAGAACUUGAACGUAAAGUAUUCACAAAAGACAUUGAGUUCAUCGGAAUGCGGUGGCCAGAAUUGUUAGAUGCAGACAUUGUCAGGAUAAUCCUUAGGCUCAACCCAGACACAUGCGGAACUUAUCUUCAAUCCUUGACAGACGAAAUAUUGAAGACAAAAACGAAGUGUCGCGUCGAGUUCACCGAGCAGGACGAAGCAGGUCAACUGAUAGGCCUUGCAAGAUUGAGCUUAUUCGCACCUGUUGAGACGGAAGUAAAAGCAUCGCUAAAAGUAGAAUCCUACAAACUAGCUAACAGGCUAAAGUAUCUUGGCACGAAAUGCGACACGCCAGUACAAAUUAGAAACGGUGUCCUAUCAUACGGCAAGUGCAAUUAA